CAGGUAGCAGGUUGCUAAUGGAGCUGAGCUGAAGGAGAUCGGAGCUGUUUUUCUCUCGGUGUGUGCCAGGCUGAGCUCGGUGCUCUCGGGCCGGUUGUUUUAAGGGGGCAUUGCGGUGGGCAGAGCAGCUACGUUCAGGGGGGGUCUGUGCUCGUCGCUACUGAGUCAUGUAUGAGGAGAACCAGCGGACGGAGAAGAUGUUUGUGAGCCGAGCUCUGCACAAGAUCUUAUCCGAUAAAGAGGUGAAGAAAGCGCAUCACUCCCAGCUGCGCAAAGCCUGCGAGCUCGCCCUGGAGGAAAUCAAAGCGGAAUCAGAGAAAUUAAGCCCCCCUGCUGAAGACAGCAAGUCAGGCUCCAGUACUCUGCCCCCCAUCAAAUCCAAGACCAACUUCAUCGAAGCCGAUAAGUACUUCCUGCCGUUCGAGCUCGCCUGCCAGUCCAAAUGUCCGCGCAUCGUCUGCACGUCGCUCGACUGUUUACAGAAACUCAUAGCUUACGGGCAUCUGACGGGCAGCGCCCCAGACAGCACCACCCCGGGGAAGAAGCUCAUCGACAGGAUCAUCGAGACGAUCUGCGGAUGUUUCCAGGGCCCGCAGACCGAUGUGGGAGUUCAGCUGCAGAUUAUAAAGGCCCUGCUGACGGCAGUGACCUCCCAGCACAUCGAGAUCCACGAGGGCACGGUGCUGCAGGCCGUGCGGACGUGCUACAACAUCUACCUGGCCAGCAAGAACACCAUCAACCAGACGACAGCCAAAGCCACCCUCACCCAGAUGCUCAACGUCAUCUUCGCCCGCAUGGAGAACCAGGCACUCCAGGAGGCGAAGCAGAUGGAGAGGGAGCGGCACCGGCAGCAUUCGCCGCUCAGCCAGCAGGAACCGGAGUCGCCCCAGAUCCAGCAGCACCCCGACACCCCGGCCAAGAGUCCGGGUCAGAAGGUCGACGGAGGCUCGGGAGUGGAGGGCCCCCAGUACGAGAGCCCCGAGCCUGAGAACGGCUCUGACUUCGGCCCCGAGGAGAACGAGCAGACCGAGGCGGACCAGGCGACCGCGGCAGAACGGAGUGUAGCAGAGCAGGACUCACACGGUGCUGAAGAGGAGGAGAACCUGAAUUAUGAAGAGAAAGCUCAGGAGAUAGUACAGAGUAUACUGAAGGAGGUGGUCAGCUCAGUGACCGGAGAUGCUAAAGAAAGCGGCGAAGGGGAGGCGGAGACCACGCCCACUUCGCUGGAGGAGGAGGUCGGGCUGGGUAGCGACAGCGAGAACGUCCACGCCAACGGCAUCCCUGGCACGCCCAUCUCCGCCACCUUCACUCCGUCCCUGCCCGACGACAGGCUGUCUGUCUCGUCCAGCGACACUCAGGUAAGUCAGGAAUCCACCGCUCCGGCAGGACCCGCACCGGGGGCCAAGUUCUCCCACAUUUUGCAAAAAGAUGCCUUCCUGGUGUUCCGUUCCCUCUGCAAACUGUCCAUGAAGCCGCUGUCCGACGGCCCACCAGAUCCGAAAUCUCACGAGUUGCGCUCCAAGGUGCUCUCGCUGCAGCUGCUGCUCUCCAUCCUGCAGGACGCCGGACCCAUUUUCAAAACCAACGAGAUGUUCAUCAACGCCAUCAAGCAGUACCUGUGCGUGGCGCUGUCCAAAAACGGCGUCUCUUCCGUCCCGGAGGUGUUCGAGCUCUCCCUGUCCAUCUUCCUCACGCUCCUGUCCAACUUCAAGACUCACCUGAAGAUGCAGAUCGAGGUCUUUUUCAAAGAGAUUUUCCUGUACAUCUUAGAGACGUCCACUAGCUCGUACGACCACAAGUGGAUGGUCAUUCAGACCCUGACCAGGAUAUGUGCAGACGCUCAGAGCGUGGUGGACAUCUACGUCAACUACGACUGCGACCUGAACGCUGCUAAUAUAUUCGAGAGGCUGGUGAACGACCUCUCCAAGAUCGCACAGGGCCGAGGAGGCCACGAGCUCGGCACCACGCCGCAGCAGGACCUGACUUUGAGGAAGAAAGGCCUGGAGUGUCUGGUCUCCAUCCUCAAGUGCAUGGUGGAGUGGAGCAAGGAUCAAUACGUGAACCCGAACUCUCAGACCAGCCUCGGCCUGGAGAAGCCUUCAGAGCAGGAGGCAAACGAGUCCAAGCACUCGGAGACCAUCAACCGCUACGGGAGCAUCAACUCCCUGGACUCGACGGCAUCCUCGGGCAUCGGGAGCUACAGCACGCAGAUGUCGGGCGCCGACAACCCCGAGCAGUUCGAGGUGCUCAAACAGCAGAAGGAGAUCAUCGAGCAGGGCAUCGACCUGUUUAACAAAAAACCAAAGAGGGGCAUCCAGUACCUGCAGGAGCAAGGAAUGCUGGGAACUACGCCCGAGGACAUCGCCCAGUUCCUACACCAGGAGGAGAGACUGGAUUCUGUCCAGACAGGAGACUUUCUCGGAGACAAUGAUCGCAUCAACAAGGAGGUGAUGUACGCAUAUGUGGACCAAAUGGACUUCCAGGGGAAGGAUUUCGUCUCGGCCCUGCGUCUGUUCCUGGAGGGUUUCCGGCUCCCUGGAGAGGCUCAAAAAAUAGAUCGUCUGAUGGAGAAAUUCGCUGCUAGAUACUUAGAGUGCAACCAGCGACAAACGCUGUUUGCGAGUGCAGACACCGCGUACGUCCUGGCUUAUUCAAUCAUCAUGUUGACUACGGACCUCCACAGUCCACAGGUGAAGAAUAAAAUGACAAAAGAGCAAUACAUCAUGAUGAACAGAGGGAUCAACGACAGUAAGGAUUUGCCGGAGGACUAUUUAUCAUCCAUAUACAACGAGAUCGCCGGGAAGAAGAUCUCUAUGAAGGAGACGAAGGAGCUGCCGCUCAAAUCCAAUAAACAGAGCGUGGCCAGUGAGAAACAGAGGCGGCUGCUCUACAACAUGGAGAUGGAGCAAAUGGCCAAGACAGCCAAGGCUCUGAUGGAGGCGGUGAGCCACGUCCAAGCCCCGUUCACCAGCGCCACCCACCUGGAGCACGUCAGGCCUAUGUUCAAGCUGGCGUGGACGCCGUUCCUGGCAGCCUUCAGCGUAGGACUGCAGGACUGCGAUGAUACCGAGGUGGCGUCUCUCUGCCUGGAGGGCAUCCGAUGUGCCAUCAGGAUAGCCUGCAUCUUCUGCAUUCAGUUGGAGAGGGACGCCUACGUUCAGGCUCUCGCUCGCUUCACUUUGCUCACGGCCAGCUCUGGCAUCACUGAGAUGAAGCAGAAGAACAUCGACACCAUCAAGACCCUCAUCACUGUGGCUCAUACGGAUGGAAACUACCUGGGAAACUCCUGGCAUGAGAUUCUGAAGUGCAUCAGUCAGUUGGAAUUGGCUCAGCUCAUCGGCACGGGUGUGAAGGCUCGCUACAUAUCCGGGACCGUCCGGGGCAGAGAGGGUUUCAUCACCAGUACCAAAGAGCAGAGUCCGGACGAGUAUCUGGGCAUUGUUGGUGGGACCGUGGAUCGUAAACAGAUAGCGAGCAUACAGGAAUCGAUCGGAGAGACCAGCUCACAAAGUGUCGUGGUUGCCGUGGACAGGAUAUUUACAGGAUCCAUCAGACUGGAUGGUAAUGCGAUCGUCGAUUUCGUGCGUUGGCUGUGCGCCGUGUCCAUGGACGAGCUGGCCUCCCCGACUCACCCGCGGAUGUUCAGCCUGCAGAAGAUCGUAGAGAUUUCCUACUACAACAUGGGUCGCAUCAGGCUCCAGUGGUCCAGGAUCUGGGAGGUGAUAGGAGAUCAUUUCAACAAGGUGGGCUGUAAUCCCAAUGAGGAUGUUGCGAUCUUCGCUGUGGAUUCACUCCGGCAGCUGUCUAUGAAAUUUCUGGAGAAGGGAGAGUUGGCCAAUUUCAGAUUUCAGAAGGAUUUCUUGCGGCCGUUUGAGCACAUCAUGAAAAAGAACAGAUCCCCCACUAUCAGGGACAUGGUGGUGCGCUGUAUAGCUCAGAUGGUAAACUCUCAGGCAGGGAACAUCCGCUCAGGCUGGAAGAACAUCUUCUCAGUGUUCCACCUGGCAGCUUCAGAUCAGGAUGAAAGCAUCGUGGAGCUCGCCUUCCAGACCACCGGCCACAUCGUCACGAAUGUAUUCGAGAAGCACUUUCCGGCCACCAUCGACUCCUUCCAGGACGCUGUGAAGUGUCUGUCCGAGUUCGCCUGUAACGCUUCUUUCCCCGACACCAGCAUGGAGGCCAUCCGUCUGAUCCGCCACUGCGCCAAAUACGUUUCCGACAGACCUCAGGCAUUUAAAGACUACACUAGUGAUGAUAUGAAUGUAGCCCCAGAGGACCGGGUGUGGGUUCGAGGCUGGUUCCCCAUCCUGUUCGAGCUGUCGUGCAUCAUCAACAGGUGUAAGCUGGACGUCAGGACCAGGGGACUGACGGUGAUGUUCGAGGUGAUGAAGACGUACGGCCACACUUACGAGAAACACUGGUGGCAAGACCUGUUCCGUAUCGUCUUCAGAAUCUUUGACAACAUGAAGCUGCCGGAGCAGCAGACGGAGAAAGCCGAGUGGAUGACGACAACCUGCAAUCACGCACUUUACGCCAUCUGUGACGUCUUCACGCAGUACUUCGAGUCCCUGAGUGAUGUUCUGCUGGACAACAUUCUGGCUCAGCUCUACUGGUGUGUCCAGCAAGAUAAUGAGCAGCUGGCUAGGUCAGGCACCAACUGCUUGGAGAAUGUGGUGAUCCUAAACGGUGAGAAGUUUACACCCGAGACCUGGGACAAGACCUGCAAUUGCAUGCUGGACAUCUUUAAAACCACCCUUCCUCACAUGUUGUUGACGUGGAGGCCGGCCGGUGCAGAAGGCGAUCACGCGAGUCAGCUGGACUCGGACAGACAGCUGGACUCUCUGGACAUCCAGACUCGAUCUGAGGAUCAGCAGUCUGUGAGCAGCAUGGAGAAAGCCCUGGCAGAGAAUCGGAGACAGAGUCAGUUCAGUGUAGCUUCAGAAAUCCAGGAGCAGAGAUUGUUCGCGGCGCUUCUCAUCAAGUGUGUGGUGCAGCUGGAGCUCAUCCAGACCAUCGACAACAUCGUCUUCUUCCCGGCGACCAGCAAGAAGGAGGACGCUGAGAACUUCGCCGCGGCGCAGAGAGACGCUCCGGACGCCGACGUCCAGGUGGAGACUCAGGAUCAGGGAAUGUAUCGGUAUCUGACCUCGGCGCAGUUGUUCAAACUGCUGGACUGCCUGCUGGAGUCGCACCGCUUCGCUAAAGCCUUCAAUUCCAAUAACGAGCAGAGGACGGCGCUUUGGAAGGCUGGCUUUAAAGGAAAGUCGAAGCCCAACCUGCUUAAACAGGAGACGAGCAGCCUGGCGUGUGGUCUGCGUAUCCUCUUCCGCAUGUACAUGGAUCCUAGCAGACAGGACGCCUGGGAUGAGGUGCAGAGACGCCUCCUCAACGUGUGCAGCGACGCCGUGGCUUAUUUUCUCACGCUGACGUCGGAGAGUCACCGUGAGGCCUGGACCAACCUGCUGCUCCUGUUCCUCACCAAAGUGCUGAAAAUUAACGAUGACAGGUUCAAGGCCCAUGCCAGCCGUUACUACCCUCUGCUGUGUGAGAUCAUGCAGUUCGACCUGAUCCCCGAGCUGAGAGCCGUGCUGAGGAAGUUCUUCCUGCGCAUCGGUCUCGUGUUCCACAUCGCUCACGCCCUCGAGCCGGAGGCCUAGAAACAGCGACGCUCGAAACAUCCCUCGUUCUAUUUAUCCGAAGUCCGACUGGUUUGUGAUUCUAAUCCCGUCUUUCCCCUGAACGACGGGCGCGGCCCCGAAUGAUGCGACCGGAUCAAAUCCUGAAGCUGAAGUUUUUAGAAGUGUGUGUUGAUAGUGACUGGUAAACGUGUUCCAGACCAGACAGGUUCUAGACUGGAAAUGAUGGUAGGAUUGUACAGACUGUAAUCAUUUACAGGAUCAUAGCAACAUCUGUUUAACCUCAAAGCGUGAAUAAUUUAAAACGGUGUGUUUUCUUUCGGCUUUUUGAAGAAUGAAGAAGGGUUAGAAUGUCAGCAAAUGAUUAAUAAUUAGUUUAAACGACGAGUAGCGGUCGUUACUUGGUUUCAUUUCGUUUUGCACCGCUAAUGGCUAACAUUAGCAUGAAUAGCUCCUUGAUCUAGUUGUACAGAAAUCGGCUUUGUAAUUUAAUCUCAUGACACUAGAUUUUAUUUCUUUUUUUUUUUUUUUUUGGUUUCUCGAAAUUUGCUGCACUUGAUUUCGACUUUCCUGUUCAAAUGCACUGGAGAUUUUUACUUUUGUGAUAAUUUAUUUAACUUCAUCUCUCCCAGGUCGUCCGAUAAGAUUUCUAACUGAUACCAUAUCGACUAUGUACACGCUAUAUAUAGUUAAAUUAUUCCAUUUUAUAUGUACUGACGCUUUUUUAAGUAAAACCUAUGACGACUGCGACAGCUGGGAUGUUUAAAAACUGGAACUUGAAACAAACAAACAAAAAAAAGAUUGCACCCUAAUGUAAGCAGCAUCUAAAUCACUGGUCUGUGUAUCCUGACGUAAGCUUCACUGUAUGUGUACAAAUCGAGAAAGCUAAUAUAUUUAAAUCUUCUCUUUGGUUUGGGGGCUGGGCUGUAUUGUAUAGAAUAUACUGAAUCACACGAGUUGUGCCGGUUGUGAUGUAAGAACUAGAAGCAUUCCUGGUUAAGGUGGAUUAAAAAGUGUAUAAUGGUACAGCACUGUAAAGUUUUCUAUGUGAAAUAAACGAUCUGUACAACUGUGUACAAUA